GGAAGCGGAACAACGAAUGGACGUGUACAGUGAGACAGUGUAGAGAACUUUAACGUUAGAAAAAAAAUUGCUUGUUUUACCACUGAGAUAUACUCCUACCCUCUUCUCUCGCAUCCAUGAUGUUCAACAGACAGACGAGUCUCUGGAUGGGUGAUUUGGACCCAUAUAUGGAUGAGAACUUCAUCAAGCAGGCCUUUAGUGCUAUGGGAGAAUCUCCAUUUGGAGUCAAGAUCAUCACUCACAGGAUAACAGGUGGUUCAGCAGGGUACUGCUUUGUGGAGCUGGCAGAUGAAGCAAGCGUGGAGCGGUGUGUCCAAAGACUCAACGGGAAACUGGUUCCUGGAUCAAACCCGCCCCGGAAGUUUAAGCUAAACUAUGCCACCUAUGGGAAACGGCCAGAAGCAGGGCCUGAGUUCUCGGUUUUUGUGGGCGACUUGGCUUCUGAGAUUGACGACUUCCAGCUGCAUCAAGUUUUUAAGAAGUACCCUUCAUGCAAAGGAGCCAAAGUAGUCACCGACCAGUAUGGAUACUCUAGAGGCUACGGCUUCGUCAAGUUUGGGGAGGAGAGCGAGCAGAAGAAGGCAAUCGAGGAGUGCCAGGGUACGAUGCUGGGGGGGAAGCCACUCAGGCUCAGCAUUGCUGUAGCAAAGAGCCAGAAGAUGAGCAGCUACCAUGGGGGCCAGGGCCAGAAUUACCAGAGCAGCUACAACCAGACUCAGUCUGGUUACUAUGGCAGCCACAGUGGCGGAAGCCAGGGUUACUACUCUCAGUGGGGGGGCUACGACCAGUACGGUGGCUACAACAAUACCGGCUACAACAGCGGCUAUGGCAGCGGCUACAACAGUGGCUAUAACUACAACUACGGAGCGUAUGGAUACCCGCCGCCAGGUCACAUGAUGCCACCACCUCCCAUGGGGAUGCCACCGAUGUCCACAGACAUGUCAGGAGCUGUAGAGCAGAGCCACGAGGAGGCUGAAGACUUGGACGAGGAUAACGCAGAAGAGCCCAUUCCCGAGUGUGACGUGGACCUGUGGAACAAAGAUUUCAUGCAGCGCAGCGAGGAGCUCUACGAUGCCAUGAUGAAUUGUCAUUGGGAGCCUGUGGACUCUGUUGACUCCCCCAUUCCCUCAAUAUCUUGAUAACUUCUUUUUUCACCUCACCUCACCACCCCCUCACCUUUACCCUCAUAUAAUUUUUUUAAACUCUCAGAAUCUUAACACUGCAUUGACACUUCCUAGAGGCCAGUUUAAUUUCACCAUGUCAGUUCUCACUAAGAUCGACAGAACACACAUGUUCCUCUUUAAACACCUAAAAUGCACACAAACAGGCUGGCAACAAAACAAACAGGUCAGUGAAGUUGGUCUGAAGUUCAUGUCUGACGAGGUGCUGCAGCUGACCAGCACUUAGAAGCUGUAGCACUACAAACAGAACUGUCGUGUGUCUCCAUUGAAUGAUGUCAUUGAGGAACAAACAGUGGUUAUUUGAUGAUGUAAUGACCGGCAGAUGCAGAUUCAGCACGGCCUCUGCUUGCAAUGUUCAGAUUGUCAUCUGAAAACAAAAAAAAAAGGAAACCAUGCCUUUAUUUUUUUUUUUGCCAUGUUACUUCCUGUGAGUCCAGGAUGGUCAUUAGAAUUGUUUUGUACAGAAUAUCACUCUAUCAUUUUUUUUAAAUGAAGGAUUUUCCUCUUUUUUUUUUUCUGAUAGAUUUAUGAACUUUUAUAGUAAGAUCUGAAAAUUGAGUUCAUUCCCUACAGAAAGAAAAUCAACCUCAAAUGUUAUUUAUCUGUUUUUUCAGACGAGCUCACUAUCUUUCUAUGUACUAGAUGAAUAAUUCACCCUCCCAACAUGUUUGAGUGCUGUGAAAACUGUGUAAGGACUUUAACAGCUGAUUUGAUGUCAGUCUUUAAGGCAGCAUUUAUUUUCUGCUCUUUGAUGGCUGAAGUUUUGUAUAUAUUCUUUCUGAAGAUGUUUUAUCAAUAAAACAAAUUAA